AUGGCUGAUACAAAUAGCAACUCUCCUCUGUCUCGACCUUCUUCCUUGAGAAGGGUCCGCAAGAGCAAUAGCAAGGAUGCCACGAUUAGCUUGCCUAAUUCUCGUCCUUCCUCUCGUCCCUCAUCCCGCCCAUCGUCUCGCCCUGUAUCUCCCACGGGCUACAACCGCAACGACGACGAUGACCAGAUUAUUCCUACAGCCAUUGUCAUUAAAAACAUCCCAUUUUCUGUAAAGAAGGAUGCUCUCUUGAGCAAAUUGGCUUCUAUGGAUGUGCCAGCUGCUUAUGCCUUCAACUACCACUUUGAUAAUGGUGUGUUCCGUGGCCUUGCUUUUGCUAAUUACAAGACUCCUGAAGAGACAGAAAUUGUAGUCAAUACAAUUAAUGGACUGGAAAUAGGGGGUCGCAAAUUGCGUGUAGAAUACAAAAAAAUGCUACCCAACAUGAUGGACACAAACACUAAUGACAUUCGAAAGAAGGAGAGAGAUGCCUCUGUAUCUCAACCUGGAUCACCUUUACAGACUGAACGCAGAUUACCAAACAACAACAAUCCAGAUGAUGAUACCCUGGAUUUGAACGAUCCCAAUGUAUUGGAGUUAUAUAGCUUUCUGUUACUGUUCCGUGGAGAUCCCAACAGCACUGAAAUUGCUCUGCCAAAGACACUCUCUGCCAAAGAGCGCAGAGAUGCUCAUUUGAUUGCUGAUAGAUUGGGCCUUGCUCACUAUUCUGAAGGAUUUGGUGCUGAUCGACAAGUUUUGAUCGAAAAGAGAGGAUCCGUUCCUGCUCCCAUUGUCAGACUUCAGCACAAGAACUCCAGAGGCACCUUGAAAUCAAGCCCCAGUCGUGAGCGAUUGAACAUGGCUGGCAAUAAUGACCCCAAUAAGAGAGAUAAUUACAGAAAGUCCAUGAUGAGCACUAGCACAACAGCUCCAGACCUUUCUUCCAACAGCAACAUUAUCCAUCCCAUUCGUCAACCACGAGGUCCUGAACCUGGCAAGAACUUUGCCUCUCGCAUGAACAAUGCUAAUGUUGCUUCCAAUGCUGAUCAACUAUCAGAUGAUUUUACUCGUCAGCUCCAUGUUGGUGCUUAA